GAGAGAGGGCAUAAAAGGGAGUCAUAUAUACAGUAUAUAUUAAAAGGCAUACAUGUAUUGAAUGAGUGGUUCAAUACAACUAGUAUUCAGUAUAUAACCAGUGAUUCAAGUGAUACACACAUAGAGAAAAACAUUUAAUACUACUAUAAAUACUGUAUAAUAAUAAUAAUAAAUAAAUAGUAAAUAGCAUUGAAAUAUACAGCAGUUUUUAAAGCCAUUGCUAUCCUAACAGUGCUAUUGUGUGUAAACAUUAGAGGAUAUUAUUAUUAUUAUUAUUAUUAUUAUUAUUAUUAUUAUUGACUGACAAAUGAAUGGCGUCUUUUGAAAUGCCAAACAAACCAAACACUAGAACCAAUUGGUGAUAAUGUCAUCAAACAAUUGAUUCAUUUUUAAUUAAGUGAUAGUGUCAUCAACACUGCAGUGUCUUCAUCAUCAAUACUGCAGUCAUCAUCAGCAGUGGUGUCGUCGUCGUCGUCAACCUAACCCAUCAUCAGUGGUGUCGUCCAAUCCUAACCAUCAGCAGUGGUGUCGUCGUCAACCCUACCUAACCAUCAUCAGUGGUGUCGUCGUCAACCCUACCUAACCAUCAUCAGUGGUGUCGUCGUCAACCCUACCUAACCAUCAUCAAUCAGUGGUGGUCAUCAAUCAUAAUCAUCAGCAGUGGUGGUCAUUAAUCCUAACCAUCAGCAGUGGUGGUCAUCAAUCCUAACCCAUCAUCAGCAGUGGUGGUGGUGUCGCCGUCAACCCAUUGACAUCAUCGACAUCCAAGCCAUGGAAGUGGUCGGUCAGUACGAGUACUGUCACAAAGACCUUAUAGGUCACGGAGCCUUUGCUGUGGUAUUCAAAGGUCGUCAUCGACAGCAACCUAACCGAUCGGUUGCCAUUAAGUCGAUAACCAAGAAAAACUUGCAACGAUCGCACAACCUAUUGGGCAAAGAGAUCAAAAUACUAUCCGAGUUGACACAACUACACCAUCACAAUGUGGUGGCACUGUUGGACUGUAAGGAGACACAGACUCAUGUGUUUCUGGUGAUGGAGUACUGCAAUGGCGGCGAUUUGGCCGACUAUUUGCAGACCAAAGGAACGCUAUCGGAGGACACGAUUCGGGUGUUUUUCAAACAGAUUGCCGAAGCUAUGAAGGCAUUGAAGGCCAAAGAUAUUGUUCAUCGGGAUCUCAAACCGCAGAAUAUUCUGCUCUGUUAUGACAACCCUAGAGGUAGUCCAGUGCCGGCCGACAUACGCCUGAAGAUUGCCGACUUUGGUUUCGCCCGAUUUCUCGAGGACGGCGUUAUGGCGGCCACACUGUGCGGUUCACCCAUGUAUAUGGCACCGGAAGUGAUAAUGUCAUUGAAAUAUGACGCCAAAGCUGAUCUCUGGUCGAUAGCGACGAUUGUCUUUCAAUGUCUCACUGGAAAGGCUCCGUUUCAAGCGUCGACACCGCAGGCGUUGAAAAAUUUUUACGAAAAAAAUCCCGAUUUGAAACCAAAGAUUCCGAGCGGAACGUCACCCGAAUUACGUGAUUUCCUGACCCGACUGUUGCGCCGCAAUGCCAAAGACCGGAUGGAAUUCGACGAGUUUUUCAAUCACGCAUUCUUCCGGUUAGUUCCCAGUAAAGCAAUGCCCGUCCGACAGCCGGCCGGCGGACAUCAUCAGCGGUCGACAGCGGCGGCGUCGGCAUCGCCGCUACAGUCGCCCGUAUCGUAUGGUUCGCCGGCAACGACAACAACAACGGCAACACUGAUGACUCCACAACAGAACCGACAACCGCUGGUCAAAGCUGGCGGCGGCGGCGGUGGUGGUGUUGAUGGCGACGAUUCUGUAUCAACUCAGUCAUCAUCUGAUAACUCAUGCGAACAAAUGGACGACUUUGUUAUGGUUACGGCCGAUCCGAAUAGUAAUACAGUUAUGGCCCGAACUCCGUCACCGAAACAUAAGACAACAACAACAGCAACGACAAGACAUGCAUUUAAACACAAAGGUUCACCAUUUGUCUGUCCCGGCGAACCACUACCAGUUCCCACACAAAAGGAAGCAUUUACUGCACUAAUUCAACGAAGUACUGGAUCUAAUUGUAGUCUAAGUGGCGGCGACAGCAACAGUGGUAACAAUAAUAACAACGGUUUGAUGGCUACCAGUCCGCCGACUACACCGAAUGCCAUUCAUAAAGCUCUGCAGCGAUACGAUUCAAAUAGUUCGUUGGGAUCAACUGGCAGUGGAAAUAGUACCACAAAAAGUAGUCGUUUUGUGGCAGAUAUUAGUCAACUCUCGCCACCAAACAUACAGUUUAUGAUCGGUUCGAAUACACCGCCCGGUGCUGGCGGUGGUAGUGGCGGCGGCGCUAAUUCGGGAUACUUGUCGCCCGGUUCGCGCCGAUGCAGUGCACCGGCACUUAAUGUCAAUCCAUUUCUCCGGCAAUUGACACCACCGUUGAUGACCGGUUACGCCAACAGUGCACAGUCGCCACUGUUACCGGCCAUAUGUGACACACCGUUGAUGGGGGCGUAUGUGGGCGGCGGCACCGGUAGUGGUGGCGGUCCGGCUGAAUAUCCAUACUAUCCUCAACAAACACAUCACUGGAUACUCAGAUCGAGUAAAACCGAGCCAUCGAUGGCUAAUAUGUCGUCGCCUAAUAGGCCAUCGUUGGGUGGAUUUGCAUCGCCUCCCCGUGCGAUCACCUACAGUGAUAUGCAUGGCGGCGGCCCGGGUGGACAACAUAGUCAGCAGCGCAGCCAUCGGGCCAAUCCAUAUCCUCAGAUGUUUCCCUUUCACGGCGCUUAUGGACCACAUUCGCCGACAACAACAACAACCGCAGCACCGUUACCGUCAUCGAUGGCUCAGUCGCCGACCGAACCGAUAAUGUUUACGGCACCCGAACUACCAGAAGAAACACUACUCGAUCGCGAACACAACGAAACGUUAGCCAAAUUGAAUUUUGUGUUAGCACUGGUCGAUUGUAUACAGGAUUUGGCCGAUACUAAAGCGUCGCCACUAUCGGUAUUAACCGAAUCGGUUAACAACAAUACGAAUAGUAAUAAUGAAAACAACAAAGAGGUGCAAAGCGAGUCCUAUCGAAAAGCUGAACAAUUAGUACUAUACGUACGGUGUUUACAGCUAUUGUCAUCGGCUCUACAAUUGUCGCGUAAGGAGAUUAACUCGGGACGACUGAGAGCAUCGACAUCAGUGCGCACAGUGUUGUGUACAAUGAAAGACAGUUUUCACGAGUGUCUGUCCACUUGUAAAUCGUUGAACAAUACGGUACUAAUCAAUAGUACUAAUGAAAGGGCCAUCGAAAGUAUAUCUGCAGAUAAAUUGCUGUAUAAUUACUCGAUAGAGAUGUGCCAAUCGGCAGCUCUCGAGGAACUAUUUGGACGACCAGCUGAGUGCUUUCGACGCUAUCAGACGGCACAGAUACUGUUGCACUCGCUAUCCCAACAGUCCUAUAUUAAUGAAAACGAUAAGAAACUAUUGAAUCGCUAUAAGGAAGCGGUCGAAAAAAGGCUGUUUGUUUUGCAAAGUCACGGCUUUGUCAGGGCCUACGAUAGUACACCUACUUGACAGUCCUGUCGACGACACCAACAACAACACAGACAGACAUCUCCACCAACAACAACAACAUAAACACCAAUACCUGAAUACCUUUUUUUCUGAUGGAUGUCUCGAUAUCGAUAUAUGUGUGUCGGAUCUCACACUUAUGUAAUAUAAUAUUAUUAAUAA